AUGUCGAACACGCUUCCGCCAGGUUUUGACGGAGAGGUCAAGGGAACCAGCCCCAAACUGCUCGACAACUCUCCUGAGCGAGAUAGCAGUGCAGAAAGACAACUGAGGAGGAAAAUUGAUUCACGCCUCUUACCAGUGAUAGUUUUCCUCGCCAUAAUGAGUUCCAUAGAUCGAAUAGUGAUCAGUUUCGCAAGGUUGGAAGGCUUGCAGUCGGAUCUGCAUUUGACGGACAUUCAAUACGACACGGUACUCGCAACUGCCUACGCUUUAUAUUGCCCGGCACUUGUUCCAUCAAACAUGUUUUUACACCGUACUACGAGGCCAUCGCUGUACAUUGGAUGUUGUGCCAUUCUGUGGGGAAUCACAAGUGGUCUGACUGGGCUAACAAAGGACUACCACAGUAUCCUUGCGUGUCGUGUACUUCUUGGUGUACCUGAGGCUGCAUUUUAUCCGGGUUGUUCGUAUCUUCUAUCGAGAUGGUAUACGCACAAGGUGCUUCAUGUGUUCCGUGCGCCUAUAAGUACCUCCUUCUCAUGUUUUUCAGGAGCUUGGGUUACGUUAUUGGCUGCCGCGGUUUUAGCGACCUUGCAAGACAAGUUCCACUUAGCUGCCUGGAGAUGGCUGUUCUUUAUGGAGGGUACUGCGACUGUCGUUGUUGGAAUUCUGUCGAUGUGGCUGCUUCCUGACUACCCCCACAAUACUCGGUGGCUGAAUGCCGAAGAGAGACGCCUUGCACAGCUUCGACUCGCCAAAGAUGUCGGCGAAGCAGAUAUAGACUCGGAAGAGGCCAGCAUUUUCGAGGGUCUGCGAAUGGCCAUGAAAGAUACAAAGGCAUAUCUCUUUAUGUUCUUGGCUUUCAUCCUAUCCUUGGCAGCGAGUUUCAUAAAUUUCUUCCCCACGUUGACUGCCACCCUUGGUUACUCCACAACGAUUACCCUUCUGAUGUCUGCGUUAGUGCUGUUCUUUGUUUACCGCACUGGCGAACGUUUCUUUCACCUGGUGACAUAUUGGUGGAUCGCCGUUAUCGGAUUUAUCAUAUCACUAUCGACUAUGGCAACCGCUGCAAGAUACUUCUCGCAGUAUUUAAUGACCCUACGCUUUAGCAGUAUGUGUGACAUGCUGUUCAUUGCAUGGGUCGCCAAUGCAAUCCCUCGUCCGCCCGGUAAACGGAGUGUUGUGAUUGCUCUCACGAUUGGCGCCGGGAACGCCGGAAUUCUCGUUGGUUCAUAUAUCUGGAAAGAGAGCUGGAGCCCACAGUAUCGCCCCUCGUUCCUGAUAUGCCUCAUUUCCCUCUUAGCAGGAAUAGCCAUCACCUUCGUUAUUCGGAUCAUGCAAAUACGGGAAAACAAGCGAAUGGAACACCUGGAGGUGGACGAGUUGGAAAAGGAUGCACGUGAACGCAUCGAGAAAGCUGCAGAAUUGGAGGGCAUGACGUUUGAUGAUGCCUUCGAACGUAGGAAACGCUUGCCGACUAUCUAUUAG